GCCUGGAAUUCCCGCGCUGCACGGGCUCCCUGGGGCCGGCCCUUCCCUGGAGACCCGGAGGUUCCUGCAAGCUAAAGCGAGUCCGCACCGUGUUCACCCCGGAGCAGCUGGAGCGGCUGGAGGAGGAGUUCCUGAAGCAGCAGUACCUGGUGGGCUCGGAGCGCCUGGACCUGGCAGCCACCCUGCAGCUCACAGAGACCCAGGUCAAGGUCUGGUUCCAGAACCGCAGAAUCAAAUGGCGCAAGCAGAGCCUGGAACAGAAGGCGGCCAAGCUCUCCUCGCAGUUCGGGGCCACGCGGACGGGCCGCCCUGGCCUGCUGGACGGGCAGGAUAGCGACAGGCAGGAGGAAGAACUCAAUGUGGACCUUUAG